UUCCCGGAAGUGUCUCCUCAGUGCAGGGACCGGUGUUCUCAGCGUGACUUUCACAAGUAACUAUGGGGAUCCUGAAAGCAGCUACUGUACUGGGGUCUCGGCUCCACCAGCACACCGGACCCGCUGCUAAACGGCAGCUUGUUCUAAACAUAUGUAGAUAUUGUUCUUCUGGUAUUAUUCCAUAUGAAAAGAUUCGUAACAUUGGAAUUUCUGCUCACAUUGAUUCUGGUAAAACCACCUUGACAGAACGUGUUCUAUACUAUACUGGAAGAAUAUCACAAAUGCAUGAGGUAAAAGGGAAGGAUGGUGUAGGAGCUGUUAUGGACUCAAUGGAACUGGAGCGACAGAGAGGCAUCACAAUCCAGUCGGCAGCCACUUACACCAUGUGGAAAGACACUAACAUCAAUAUAAUUGAUACACCAGGGCAUGUGGAUUUCACCAUAGAGGUGGAGAGGGCCCUAAGAGUCCUGGAUGGAGCAAUCCUUGUUCUUUGUGCAGUCGGGGGUGUUCAGUGUCAGACCAUGACUGUGAACAGGCAGAUGAAGCGUUAUGGUGUUCCUUUCCUAUCCUUCAUAAACAAGCUGGACCGGCAAGGCUCUAACCCCAGCAAAACUGUUCAGCAGCUCAGAGCUAAGUUGAACCACAAUGCCGCCUUUAUCCAGAUUCCCAUUGGACUUGAGAAUAAGUUGAAAGGAAUUAUAGACUUGGUAGAGGAACGUGCCAUGUAUUUUGAUGGAGAAUAUGGGCAGUCUGUGCGUUAUGAAGAAAUCCCUGCUGAUUUCAGGGCAGAGGCAGCUGACAGACGACAGGAACUUAUAGAAAGUGUUGCUAAUUCGGACGAGCUCCUAGGUGAAAUGUUUUUAGAAGAAAAGGUCCCUACAGUAUCUGAUCUAAAGCAUGCUAUCCGAAGAGCCACUCUGAAGAGAUUGUUCACACCUGUUCUGGUGGGAAGUGCUUUAAAGAACAAGGGUGUCCAGCCUCUCUUAGAUGCUGUCCUUGAGUAUCUUCCAAACCCGUCUGAAGUCCAAAAUUUUGCAAUUCUCAAUCAAGAGAACUCUGAAGAACCAUUUAAGAUUCUAAUGAAUCCAACCAGGGAUGGCUCCCAGCCAUUUGUGGGCUUGGCUUUUAAACUGGAAGCAGGGCGCUUUGGUCAGCUUACAUAUGUCCGUGUCUACCAGGGAAUGCUGAAAAAAAGUGAAUACAUUUAUAACACAAGAACAGGCAAGAAAGUGAGAGUGCAGAGGCUUGUGCGUCUGCAUGCAGAACUGAUGGAGGAUGUUGAGGAGGUUUAUGCAGGGGACAUCUGUGCUUUAUUUGGAAUUGACUGUGCAAGUGGAGACACGUUUACCAGCAAAUCUAGUGACAACAUUUCCAUGGAAUCCAUCCAUGUACCUGAUCCAGUCAUUUCUGUAUCAAUGAAACCAGUAAUUAAGAACGACCUAGACAAGUUUUCUAAAGGUAUUAAUCGGUUUACUAGAGAAGACCCAACUUUUCGAGUUCACUAUGAAGUUGAAAGCAAAGAAACCAUUGUGUCUGGUAUGGGAGAGUUGCACCUGGAAAUCUAUGCUCAGAGGAUGGAGAGAGAAUAUGGCUGUCCUUGUGUCAUGGGUAAACCUAAAGUUGCCUUCAGAGAAACUCUCACUUCAACAGUGCAGUUUGAUUUCACCCACAAGAAGCAAUCAGGAGGUGCAGGACAAUAUGGCAAAGUAAUUGGUGUUGUUGAGCCUCUGAAUCCAGAAGACUCCACCAAAGUGGAAUUUGAAGACAGGACAGUGGGGACAAAUGUUCCUAAACAAUUUGUUCCUGCUGUUGAAAGGGGAUUCCGUGAGGCCUGUGAGAAAGGCCCUUUGACAGGACACAAGAUUUCAGGGCUGCGUUUUGUGUUGGAGGAUGGUGCACAUCACAUGGUGGACUCUAAUGAAAUCUCCUUUAUCAGGGCAGGAGAGGGAGCCUUAAAGCAAGCUAUGGAGAAAGCCACAGUGAGUAUUCUGGAGCCAAUAAUGUCUGUCGAAGUUGUAGCACCUGUUGAGUUCCAGGGACCUGUAAUCGCUGGCAUUAACCGUAGGCAUGGAGUGAUAGUAGGUCAAGAUGCAGCAGAAGGACAUUUCACUGUUUAUGCAGAUGUUCCACUAAAUAAUAUGUUUGGGUAUGCAUCUGAGCUUCGAUCUUGCACAGAGGGGAAGGGUGAAUACACCAUGGAGUACACCAGAUACCAGCCUUGCUUGCCAAGUACCCAAGAAGAAUUAAUUAACAAGUAUCUUGAAUCAACAGGUCAGCUUCCAGCAAAAAAAGGAAAAGCCAAAAGCUGACCUGCUUUUUAUGGUCUAUUUAGGGACUUGGUGGACUCUGAAAUUGGCUCAGUUUUGUGGUUUUAUUCUGUACAUAGCACCAUCAACCAUACCUUACAAUCCUCUUUCUGGAAUCCUGUAUAGAGUGUGAAGCUACAGAGGGUGUAGUUCCUAUAAUACGUCUAUAGGCUGUGUUGCUUGUGAAACACUUUGCACAUACAUGUUGCAGUUUGACCGGCUCUGAUGACAUUUCUACAACGUAACCGAACAGCUCUGACUGUAGCAAGUGAUGAAGGAACUUCAGAUGGAGCUUUGUAUGCCACUUAAACUGCUGAUAAUUACCUCAUGGCUGUCGUUUUUCAAUAUGAAAGGUCGGCAUACAGUGGAAUGGGUUUUUUUUUCUCAAAGUUAUCAGCAGUCUGCCUUUGACUUUAGCUUUGGAACAUAAUGCUGGUUGAUCUCUUAUGGAUAAGAAGCAAGCAAGAAAAACACCUGGAAAAAAGUGCAUUUGUAUUCAGUGGUGACUACAAUAGCAUCACAAUAAAUUCAUCUAAAAAAUGUU